AGUUUCGAGCUGAUCUUCGCGGCCUACAUUUCAUAGAAGUUCCUAAAGGCAACUCCCACUUCGUACGUUAAAUCCAGCGGUGUUACGGUUUUCCGAACAAAUGAAAUCGGUUGAAUUAUUUUAAAAAGACGACGUAUACUGAGAUUGGAUUUCAUGUAAAAUGUUGCAUGAAACUUCAGCAUCGUUCGAACAUCAAAUUGCAAUGACAGGCGAACAAAUAACAUGAGAAUUUACAUGAAACGAAAUGCAGAAUGUAUUACAGAACUCUAUUAAUGCUAAUGUUAUUUGUCGCUCUAACGUCGAGUUGUCCUUUUCCGUGCAUAUGUCGAUGGAAGAAUGGGAAACAAACCGCGGAAUGUGCCAAUAAAGACCUUCUAGUCAUUCCAGCGUCCCUAGAGAGCGACACUCAAGUUUUAGAAUUCUCUGGAAACAAUUUGAGGACGUUGCAUCGGGAGAAAUUCCUGAAACUCCACCUAAUGAACUUACAAAGGAUUUAUUUGAGCAGAUGUAGAAUCAGCGUUGUAAACGGUCAAACCUUCAAAGGUCUGACGAACCUCGUUGAGCUUGAUUUGUCGGAAAAUCUAUUAGAAUCGGUCCCUUCGGACUCGUUUCAAGACUGUCCAUCGCUAAUGAGACUUUCAUUAAGUAGAAAUCCUAUCAAAGAGCUCAACGAAAACGCUUUUAAACAUUUAUCGUUAUUGAGCAUGCUGGAACUCAGUAAUUGCGAUAUUUCGAAGGUACAUACGGAUACCUUCGACGGUUUAUAUAGUUUGGAAUGGUUAAAUUUGGAAUCUAAUAAAAUGAAAUCAUUUCCGGCGUUACUACCUGCAAGCUUAAAAGGAAUUCAACUACAAGGAAACCCGUGGAAAUGCGACUGCAAUUUAUUAGAUUUUCAAGAAUUUCUCAUGAAAUUCGCGUAUCCUUUCUCGCACGAACCCGUAUGCAAAACGCCAUCAAGUUUAGUGGGUCGAAAAAUUAAAUCUGUUCCUAAAGACGAACUCGCUUGUCUCCCCGAUGUGUCGCCGACAACGUUUUAUUUGGAAAUAGACGAAGGUAAAAACAUUUCGCUAGUUUGUCAAGUCCACGCUAUACCGGAAGCUAUGAUUAAUUGGUAUUUCGAAGGGCAGUUAUUGAGAAACGAUACAUACAUCUCACCGGAACUACACUUAUUGUAUUACGUAGAGCAGGGAUUGCAUGACAAACGUAGUGAGCUCUUCAUAUUUAAUGCCAACUCUGGAGAUACGGGAACGUUCAUAUGCAACGCUGAAAAUUCUGCGGGAGUUUCUAACGCCAAUUUCACUAUACGAGUCCUUUUAAAGCAAAGCACCAGGCAGGAAGUCGAUGAGCUACCAAUGGAGUUGGUUUUUAUCGCUAUUCUAGUAACAGUUUCAUCAGUUCUACUGUUGUUGGCUAUCACCGCGGUUUGCGUUCUAAAAUGUCGUAGAAAUUCACGUUUGAGAAGGAAACGUGAUGAUUCUAAAGUUGCUUUCGGCAAUUCGACCGCGGAUACUAUAUCUAGAGAAAGUUCGGACACUAUAACUCAGAAUAAAGGCUCUAAUUUCAAAUUAGUGAAUUACGACGAGUUUAAAAUUGCUCAUAUUCACAGUGAUGAAAAUGUAAUUGCUGUUACUCACAAUCAAGCACAGAAGUGUUAUCAAGAACAGAAUCCCGAUAUCAUAAACGGGACUGAAAUAAUAGAAAAUAGUGAUUACGGGGUGAUAUUGCAAAGACAGCAUUCGGUGAUGAGAAACGUAGAAUACGAUUAUAUGAGUGAUCAAGGGGUUAGUGACUGUAAUUUAUAUUUCAUGCAUGAUGUGGUGCUGAAUCCAAUCGUAAACUGUUAUCGAACUUUACCUAAUAAAAGGAGAGCUGCUAAUGCCUCGUUUGGUCGUUUAUCCAGAGACGCGGAAUUUCUAAAUCGAAAUCCGACAAAUGCAGCAUCUACAGCAUCUCCGUUGACCUACGAGUAUUUCGAAUGCGACAUACGUUACACCGCCGAUGGAUAUCCAGUCAAAGCGUUAGAUAAAUGUCAACAAGCGGUGCCGAAUCCAGAAUCGCAUAAAUCAUUUAGAGAAGCGUUGGAAUCCGGUAAGGAGGAAAUCGAAGGAACGUUGCCGAUUGGGCCCUCUUGCGGCCAGGAAACUCAUCCAUCGAACGUGUUUCAUACCUAGACUGAAUUUUAAUACGUAUUUUUACAUGUGAUUGGUUAGGAUUUCUGAGAGAAAAAAAUAGAAUAAACAAUGUUUGCGUUUGACGAGAAGUCAUCUUAUUGAACAUAUACAAUUCUUUUUGAAAGCUAAAAAACUAAAUUAUCGCCUAUCAUUUCACAGUUAAACUCUCUAUAAUUAAUUUUUAGAGUUUGAAUCUCAUGAAAAGGAGGCUAUUGUGAUCAGUGAAGGCUAUUGAAGCUAUUGUUAUGUUGUAGGGUGGUAUGACACAAAUUAUUGCUUCAAAUACAUCCGGAUGGUUACGACGUUUCAAUAAUAGGCACAAUCAGAUUUCGAAGUAGGCCUCAACUUUCAGGAACAUCUCUCGUAUUGACCAAGAUAUACUACAAUAAAAUAUGGCCGCAUCACUAUCACAGAACGAAGAAACGUGAGCGCAACACCCGCUUUAGCAAUAAUUUCCGAUUUACGGAGAGUCAGUUAGGUUUAAAUCAUAUAGAGAACGAUUAUAAUCCUCCAUAAACUAUGAGCAUGAAGAUAAUGACGCUCUAUUCCAAUUAACACCUCUGAAAUCUCAUUGCUUGAUGUCGUGCUAGAGUAGGAUGAAAUUUUCAUUGGAGCAAUGUAAUAAUCACAGAAUAUGGAUUAUUACAUCAAAACGGGCAUGAAAGCUUUUGUUUUAUCUCUGUUGCUAAUUUCAACUGUUGAUUUAAGAUGUACGAAUUCAAACUUUACUCCAAUAUUUUUUUUUCGAUGAAAGAAAGUAAAUGUUCCAAAUUUAUUUGAGUCCAUUUAUUAAUAGUUAAUAUUUUUAUUCAGACUUAAACAGUUCCAAAAUGUGAACUAUACUUCGGAAAGUAGCUAUUUUCUCUUUAUUACCUACAGUAAUGUAGGUAAUAAAGUAAUAAUGUAGAUAUACAGUAACGUAGAUACUUUCAAAUCCACACCGCUUCAUACAGCAUAAUAUUAGAGUACUUUCUAACAUUCUCUUUGUAAAACUCUGAAAAGUAAGUGGGUAAUAUUCACUAUCUGACCUCCUCGAAGUAACUUCUAUACAAAUUGUCUCAUGGAAACUGUCUCACAGUUUUAAAAUGUGUUGAAAGAGAAAACUCGGUCCACAAGCAUAAUUUUGAGAACUAAAUAAUCAAACCCGAAUUAACUUUUCUUGUGGUUUACUUAAUGUCUCAAUAAUUUUCGUUAAUUCCAUUUGACGCUUAUUGGCCUAGACCUUAGAAUAGUCGUGUUUAAUUCACUACCUGAAUUGAACACGCUAGACUUAGUUGGACAUUUCGUGAGGUUGAACAAUUCUGAAAACUCAAUUUUUUGUGUGACAUGGAAAACAAAACCAGUAUAUUCAUUCAUCUAUUUUUUGAAAACAGACAUAUCUUAGGUUAAGAAAUCGCUCCAAAAAUGAAAAAUAUAUUCCAAAAAUCACACAGAUAAAACUUUUAUAUUUCAAAAAUACGUAGAAAUGUCUUGGCCGUCAUAUGACUAGUUUCCACUCUAUUAUUACCUUCUGUACCAGAGCUUUCCGAUCUCUUCUUCGUAUAUGUCAAACCAUUGAAGGCUUUGAAUCUUUAUCACUAAUACUACAUCACCCUUAUUCAACUCAUCUUUGAUCUCGUGAUUCGUUAACCUUUUUAGGCAUUCUCCAUCGAUCAUCGACCGGUCCCAGUAUGUCCUCCAAUAUUCGAUGAUCCUUUUCGUCCUCCUGACAGGCACAUGGUUCCGGCUCCAUAUGUAAUGACUGGUCUAAUUCCUGUUCUGUGUAUUCUCAACUUUGUGAUCGUGCUCAAUUGUUCACUCUUCAGAAACUUCACAUACCGCCAGUACACUUUAAUCACCUUUCUGAUUCUGUACGCCGCUUCUAUUCUUAUAUUAUUUGCAUCGCUAACUAUCACAUCCAAAUAAUUGAAAUCUUCCAAGCUUCAGUUUUCUCUGACUAUUUGUCUUUCUCUUUGUUACCAGCAUGGACUUUGUUUUUUGAACAUUCACCUCUAGCCCCAUUUCACCAUGCUUGUUGAUGAAAUAUUCAAAUUAGGUUCAUUAACAGUUAAUACUAACAUAUUUCAUUUUCAUUGUGUAUUUAUUUUUGAACGUAAGAAAUAUCGCUAUAAACGAAAUCAACCAGUUUCCGAUAACCGGUAAUGGAUAUCUUUGAAACUUGGUUUUAUAGACUUCUGCCAAUAAAUGAAGCAAUAAGCUUUACAUUGCGAGGUUCCUGAUUUCAUAGUAAUUCCAUAAUUGAAAGCAUUGGGUGGUUAAUGAAGAUUCAGAUGUAUUUGAGAAUCGGCAUAAUUUGUAACUAGCUUGGUUUUUCUAUGGAAGUGGUCAAUCAAGCAAAUAACCUUGAAUACUAACAACUCUAAUAAAUGAUUAUUUCAACCGUCGCGGAGAUUCUAGAGGAGAAAAAGAAAAUAUCACCUCUGAACCGUCUGAUACUUUCCGAAUCAUCGUAAACGUAACUGAAUGUUAAGUUUGAGCUAAUAAUAUUAGGAAAAUAUAUGGAAUAACAGAAUCCUGUGAACCGUGAUAAAAAGAAUUAUUGGGUAGGCUGAUAAGUCCGUAAGCUAACACAAAAAUGACGCAAAUGGUAUUCAAUCCCUAUGAUUUUCAGUUAGCCCUCACUUUUAAAAGAUAAAUGUAUAAAUUUGACACCUUUUGUACUAUUAGUUUAUGAGUUUAUGAGGAAUUUUGAAUAAUACUACAUUUAUUAUUUUAAAAAUUAAGGUUAUUCCAACAUUUGUCCAGAAAAAUUAACCUUGGAAAAAUGGUUUGAUAAAUUUAAACUAGUCAAGAUCAGCACCUUGGACAGUGCACUCAUGUUACGCUCCAAAGAAUCUGUCACUGAGAAAAACGUCAAAACUGUUCACAAAAUAAUUUCGGAUAACCGUGAGGUGGACCUGAUUAAAAUACUUUAUACCCUAAAGACAAAGAUAUCAAAGACGUGUUGAUCAUAUAUUGAAUGAAUAUUUGGGUAUGUGCAAACUCUGUUCAAAGGGGGAACCGCGUGAGCCCACAAUCGACCAAAAACAACAAAGAAUUGAUAAUUGAGCAGUGGACCUGUUCAAACGUUAGAUUUUAAUGAACCCAAAUAGUUGUUUGUUUUCUGUAUUGAAAGUGAUAUGUUAUAAUUUUCCCAUUGACAGGAUUAUUAUUUAACAAAACUGAUGUCGCAUAGAUCAUCAAGAUUUAUGAAUAUUAAUAAUAUACUUUUUCAAUUGUCUCAAAUUUUUUGUUUAAUUAUUAGGCUUAGAAAUUCAAUCAGCUAUUAGAAUCAAAACCUCAAAAACUUCAAAAGAAAUUGAAAUUUAUACUCCAGAAUUUUCCCACUUAAAAAUUUUUUCAAGGAAAUCUCACUGUACUAUCAUUGGAAUGAAAUUUCUAUUUUUGCUACGAAUCAGUUAUCGAAUUUAAUUGUUCCAAAUUUCAAAGCCACAACAAUAAAAAGUAAAUUCAAUACAUAUCAAACUACAUGAAAUGUAUUGUAACGAAAUUCACAACUCCAUUUAUAGUUGAAAGUUAUUUAUUUUCAUUUUAAUAUAUUCAAAAUUCAACAAAACAUCGUCAAGUCGAUGCUGUUCCAAUUUUAAUGAUGAAAAAUUCGAAGGACCGAAUAGCAGCACACUCAUUCAAACCGUAGCUUGGAAAACAAUGAAAUUUUUUCUUUGUCGCUCUGAAACCUGAUUAUGCAAUUAAUUCCCACAAGUCGAGAACUGUAACAUUGGAGAAAUGGAGAUAAACCAACAAUUUUUUUGAACCAUAUUUUUUUACUGGAGAAUGUAUUCAAAUAUUUGCAUAAUUGAAUUUUCCAUAUUGGUUAUUCUAUUCGAGAAUAUUUUUUUGAACCAUAAUCUGAAUGUUUUCUGUGAAAGGAGUAUAUCCCAUACUCAGUAAUUGUAUAUCUAGACAUAUAGAUCAUACUUUUCUAGUUUUGUGUUUAUAUAGCAAAUAAAAUAGCAUGUAAGAAAAUAGGAAGCAACGAAAAGAAUUUGUUUAUACGUACAAAUCAGUUUAGGGAAAGGGAAAUACCCUGCGCCAAAAAAACUAUGGCUCUUUCAUCAAAAUAGCACUAUUUCAAUGUCAGCGCUAUUAUUGUUACACUACUAGAAAUUAACAAAAAUAAAAGGAAAUUGGCAAAAAAUUUACGAUUAGUUUUGGAUUUUUCUUCUUAUCAGUCUCAUAGGCAUAGAUCUGAAGUACACAGUUAUCUUAAAAUCAAUAUUGACCAUGGAAGAGAUUUUAUCAAGGGAUCAUAUUGUUAGAAUAAAUGAUCUUAUUGAAGACAGGUGCAAUAUACAGUUGGCAACUGCACCUGCAGAUACUGUAACUUUGAGACAAGCUUUACGAAGAAGACAUUUGACGGCAAGAUAGCAUCUACAAGAGUUAGCUGAACUCGAAAUGUAAGAGUAACUCCAACAAAUUUAAGAGGAGGGUCUAUCAGGUUGUGGAGUGGCAUAUCUAUAAGAUCUCACACCCACAUUAAACUAUCAUAUAAAGUAUCAGUAACUGCUCAUUGGUACAUUGGAGAUAUUUUAUAUGUUGUUCCUAAUGCCCCUUUUAUAAGUAAUGACGUGUUGAUCCAUUAUACUCACGUCCUCAUGUAGCUAAAAUAGUAAACAAGUAUUUCCAAGUGGUGAAUAUUGUAUUGUAAGUAUGCCACGGCGUUGUCGUCACAUUAG